CCCUUUCAACCAUUGGCACUCACAGGUUUGCCACCUGCUCUUGCUCUUGCCAAAUGGUCAAAGAUGAAAUCUGAUUAGGCUUUGGAGGGCGUGGUUUGCCUCUUGAAAGUCCUUGCCAGUCUUUAGAAAGCUGUGUUGCUUAGAGCACCCAAAAGUGCCCUUAUCUAACUGAGGGAGGCGCGCUUGUCUUCAUAUAUAGAGGCAGGAGCUGGCAUUGGGAAAGUCAAACUAGUUCUGCACCAUGAGGAAGAAGCAGCUUAAGACGGAGGCAGCGCCACACUGUGAGCUAAAAUCGUAUUCUAAGAAUUCAGCCACUCAAGUAUCCACCAUGGUAUUGGGUCUUGAACAGAAGAUGUCAGAUGACAGCGUUUCUGGAGAUCAUGGGGAGUCUGCCUGUCUUGGUACUGUCAACCCUGUCUCUAGUAAUCCCUCUCUUCCACGGUCCCCUGGGGACUCAGAAGAGUACUUCGCCACUUACUUUAAUGAGAAGAUCUCCAUUCCUGAGGAAGAGUACUCUUGUUUUAGCUUUCGUAAACUCUGGGCUUUCACCGGACCAGGCUUUCUUAUGAGCAUUGCCUACCUGGAUCCAGGAAAUAUUGAAUCCGAUUUGCAGUCUGGAGCAGUGGCUGGAUUUAAGUUGCUCUGGAUCCUUCUGUUGGCCACCCUUGUGGGGCUGCUGCUCCAGCGGCUUGCAGCUAGACUGGGAGUGGUCACUGGGCUGCAUCUUGCUGAAGUAUGUCACCGUCAGUAUCCCAAGGUCCCACGGAUCAUCCUGUGGCUGAUGGUGGAGCUGGCUAUCAUCGGCUCAGAUAUGCAAGAAGUCAUUGGCUCAGCCAUUGCCAUCAAUCUUCUGUCUGUAGGAAGGAUUCCUCUGUGGGGUGGCGUUCUCAUCACCAUUGCAGAUACUUUUGUAUUUCUCUUCUUGGACAAAUAUGGCUUACGGAAGCUCGAAGCAUUUUUUGGCUUUCUCAUCACUAUUAUGGCCCUCACAUUUGGAUAUGAGUAUGUUACAGUGAAACCCAGCCAGAGCCAGGUACUCAAGGGCAUGUUCGUACCAUCCUGUUCAGGCUGUCGCACUCCACAGAUUGAACAGGCUGUGGGCAUCGUGGGAGCUGUCAUCAUGCCACACAACAUGUACCUGCAUUCUGCCUUAGUCAAGUCUAGACAGGUAAACCGGAACAAUAAGCAGGAAGUUCGAGAAGCCAAUAAGUACUUUUUCAUUGAAUCCUGCAUUGCACUCUUUGUUUCCUUCAUCAUCAACGUCUUUGUUGUCUCAGUCUUUGCUGAAGCAUUUUUUGGGAAAACCAAUGAGCAGGUGGUUGAAGUCUGUACGAACACCAGCAGUCCUCAUGCUGGCCUCUUUCCUAAAGAUAACUCGACACUGGCUGUGGACAUCUACAAAGGGGGUGUUGUGCUGGGAUGUUACUUUGGGCCUGCUGCACUCUACAUUUGGGCAGUGGGGAUCCUGGCUGCAGGACAGAGCUCCACCAUGACAGGAACCUAUUCUGGCCAGUUUGUCAUGGAGGGAUUCCUGAACCUAAAGUGGUCACGCUUUGCCCGAGUGAUUCUGACUCGCUCUAUUGCCAUCAUCCCCACUCUGCUUGUUGCUGUCUUCCAAGAUGUAGAGCAUCUAACAGGGAUGAAUGACUUCCUGAAUGUUCUACAGAGCUUACAGCUUCCCUUUGCCCUCAUACCCAUCCUCACAUUUACGAGCUUGCGGCCAGUAAUGAGUGACUUUGCCAAUGGACUAGGCUGGCGGAUUGCAGGAGGAAUCUUGGUCCUUAUCAUCUGUUCCAUCAAUAUGUACUUUGUAGUGGUUUAUGUCCAGGAACUAGGGCAUGUGGCAUUGUAUGUGGUGGCUGCUGUGGUCAGCGUGGCUUAUCUGGGCUUUGUGUUCUACUUGGGUUGGCAAUGUUUGAUUGCACUGGGCAUGUCCUUCCUGGACUGUGGGCAUACGUGCCAUCUGGGAUUGACAGCUCAGCCUGAACUCUAUCUUCUGAACGCCAUGGAUGCUGACUCACUUGUGUCUAGAUGACUGACAGCCUGAGAGACUCUAUAAGAACACGUUUUUCUAAGCCCUUUUUGUGCCAGGUGUCCUGUUAACAUCUCUGUUAGUUCAGAGGUGAGUUUUGUUCAGACGUUUUGAACAAAAGGCAAAGAUUUCCUCAUGGGAAGGGUGUUCAAAACUGACAGCUAUAAAUGUAGGUCAGAGACCACCCACCUCACAACAGUCUUACACUCCCAGAGUUAAACAAUUGGCCUCUGAGGGCCACACACCCCUAUGGGCUUGUGUCUUGGACUCUGGGAUUUAAAAGAUAUAUAUGUAUAUAUAUUUAUGUAAACCUGAGCAUCUCAGUUUGGGUAGAGUUUUGAGGUUAUAUGACACUGAUAGAGCUUUUGUAUUUUUUUUUUUAAUAUUGUUUCGAUAUAUCAGAUAUUUGUUUUGUCUGGAUCACAAAUGAGAAAGGAAAGAGAAUAAUGCUCUUCUUCACAAUGAACCGGUCAAAUUGACUAUCUUGUAAAGUGAUAUUUUACUAUGUCAGUUAAAUUUCACUUUGAUUUUAAUCAACCAGAUUAUAUCCUUUGUAUCUACUGAUAUUAACACAUCAUAUUAACACAUCGUUUCUUAAAAAACAUUUCUUCUAUUUGGCAAUCAUAGUUAACGCUGGUUAUCAGCCUGUUUUGUAAUUAUUGUCUUUGUUGUCACUUUUCUUGAAUUGUUUUCUAGUCAUUAAACAGAUAUGAAGGCAUUUGCCAAAGAGCUUUAAUACCCAGUAACAAGAUCCAGAAACCACACUUUAACCAGUGAUCAGUUUUCCCUGCUGCAUUGUAACUCAGCUUAUUCUGGCAUUCAGGUUUUAGGCAGAAAAAGAAGAAACUUCUAACAUUUAACUUGUAAGUCCUGACAUAAGAUAGUUAAGAUAUUUAUCUUCCUUCUAAUAUUUGUAUAGUCUGCCAGUGUAUUUUCUUCCCACUAUUCCCAUUAACAUAGCAAACACCAUUUCUAGAUCCAAAGUCUAUUUCUAGGAGUGGCUAAUAUUUGUAUUGUUGAAUCUCCUAGGGAAUGCUAAACGUUUCACUUUAAAAUACCUAUUUAUACCAAGUGGCAUGAGAUUAGUACUAGAGUGAGAUUUGGAAGAUUAGUCCACAUAUCACAAACUGCUUGCCUACAUGUAGAGAUUUUUUUUUUCACCCACCUUCCUAAACAGGAAGUUGUUUCCUUAAUUCUUUUUGUUUUUGUUGUUGUUGUUGUUUGUUGUUGUUUUUUUGAGACAGAGUCUUGCCCUGUCGCCCAGGUGGGAGUGCAAUGACGUGAUCUCAGUUCACUGUAACCUCUACUUCCUGGCUUUAAGUGAUUCUCCUCCUUCAGCCUCCUGAAUAGCUGGGAUUACAGGCAUCACAUUUUUAGUAGAGAUGGGGUUUCACCAUGUUGCCCAGGCUGGUCUCAAACUGCUGACCUCAAGUGAUCUGCCUGCCUCAGCCUCCCAAAGUGCUGGGAUUACAGGUGUGAGCCACCGCACCCGGCCUCUUUUGUUGUUAAGACAGGGUCUUGUUCUGUCGCCCAGGCUGGCGUGCAGUGGCGUCAUCUCAGCUCACUGCAACUUCUGCCUCCUAGGCUUAAAGCCAUCCUCACACUUCAGCAUCCCAAGUAGCUGGGACUGCAGGCACACACCACCACACCCAUCUAAUUUUUGUAUGUUUUGUAGAGAUGGGAUUUCACUAUGUUGCCCAGGCUGGUCUUGAACUCGAGAGCUCAAGCGAUCUGCUGGCCUUGGCCUCCCAAAGUGCUGAGAUUAUAGGUGUGAGCCACCACAUCCAGCCCACUCCUCAUUUCUUUCUAGCCCCAAAGGUGUUGAGUCAGAAAUCCUGCAGCCUUUGUGUGACUUUGAGCAUCACUUUCCCCUUUCAGCAUUAAAUAUAUGACCUCUCUGCCGUAUUUUAGAACUUACUACAUUUCAAUAAAACUUUUUUAAAAAUCCA